AUGCACAGUGCGACUGAUCUGGCGCAAUCUACCGAGCAGCAACUACGAAUUACCAUCGCUUUUCUAGCCUUGGCUUGGUUCUUCAUCUUACUCAGGAUAUGGACUCGCACCUAUGUUAUCUCGAACUUUGGCUGGGACGAUAGCAUGACAUUCACCGUAUACUGUGGAUCGACUUUGUACAUUGCGUGCAAUGGUGGAGGCACCCAUGUCACAAGCGUGGACCGGUUGCAGGUGUUGACAAAGUGGGUGGUUGCUAGCGAGGCUUGCUACAUCAUCACCAUCAUGAUAGUCAAGAUAUCUCUUGCCAUAUUCUUCAUCCGCAUCAUCGUCAAGCGCUGCCACCUUAUCUUUGUCUACGUUACAGUCGGCGUCAACAUCAUCUCAUCGGCAUCUGCCUUCUUCUAUUGCUUUUUUAGAUGUGGACCCAGUCUGGACCAGUACGUAAUGAACCAGCUUAUGAACAAUUGUGCGUCGCGGGAGCUUGACUUGUUCAUGGCCUAUCAGCAAGCCGCUUUCAGUACUUUCACCGACUUUGUCUUUCUGUUGCUGCCCAUCCCCAUUCUCUGGCAUGCCAACAUGGACAAGAGAUCCAAGAUCUCUGUCGGUUUUGUUCUCUGCCUAGCAGCUACCGGCUGCAUCUGUUCUGGAAUACGCUUCCGUUAUAUAGAAGGCCUAAUUCAGACCGACGACUUUUUUUGGAGCGUCGUCAACAUCUCCAUCUGGAGCACUAUCGAAGCAGGUGCAUGUAUAAUCGCCGGUUGUCUCGCCACACUUCGUCCACUCAUGAAAGGCGCGCUACGUCAAGCACGCGAAUCGAGCGCUGUGUCCAGUGCUGCACAUCACAUAUCAAGAAGUUUGCGAUCGGCCCACCGAUCGAACAACGAGCAUUCAAAAGCACAUUCUGUGUCACGAUUGUCGCGACGAGAUGUUGCGCUUUCCGAGAUUGACCAGAGCUUUUUCAGUAACGAGCGCAAAGCCUCAUUACCACAUUUGGUUACCAAGCCUUCAUACACCGAGUCCAUCGCACGACCGGACAGCGCAAUCACCCCUUUCGCAUCCGAAAUGGGAAUCAGAGGCCGGAUGAGCACCGACCCUAUCCUGAGCCGCACCGAAUCCGACGCUACCGACAUGCCUCUAUGGGAGAAAGAGAAGGAGCAGGGGUUGCGACAACCGGCGCGUGUCAGCUUGACACUGCACCAGAGGGACACAAGUGAAGAGAGUGUACCUGGUAGACCUAAGUCGACACCUGUUCUUCCUGUUCGAUUCAAAGAAGCGGACGAUGUUGUAUGAACGAUAAGUUCUGAACGGGACUGAACACACAUACACUCUACAUAAGUAGUACAACUCACGCGCGCAUCGCCUCGACCAACACAACGACCAACAAGCAAUGUGCAAACGUCGGAGCCAGACCGUGUCGUUAUCGGAAUGUGGCUCAAAUAGAGCACCAUCCUGGUCAAAGAAGGCGACGCCUACCUAUGGUCACUGACCAUGCCUACAUAACCUUUGCCCGAAUGACACCUGUCUAUUGGGUCCGAACAGUAUGAGGACGCCAAGGUCCUUCAAGGCUUGCGAGACUAUUGGGAUCGGAGUUGGAGUGAAGAAGAGCAAAGAGAGAAGACUCCUGGGGUCGAUAUAAAGA